UUUUGAUCGAAUGACCAUCUUUUAGCUAUGCGCGAAGCUCUCAAUGUACUCAACAUAAGCAUUUUGAAGGCCAACGAGCCUUCGACCAGGCGCUCGUAACCCUUCCAUUCCCAAUUGAACCGUUUCGGCUGCAACCGUGUACCGCGUCACGCCUCAGCCUGCGGUUCGGUCCACCGCCGUCCCUCCGCACUCCGCGCAGCAUGCCCCGGUAGCGAUGCUAGCAAUCUGCUCCCGGGCAAGACAGAAUCUGGGUACCCGUAGAUGCAUAUCAUCUGCCCCUCAUGCGACUGCUCUCGCUAGACGCCGCGCACAGUCCGGUCUGCGCGGCGCGUGGGCAGUUGGAACCCCGACUUCGACCUUCUUCUAUACGACCGUAUUCGCGGCAGGCUUGACCGUCGACGCAAGCGCAAAAGCAGCUAGGAACAGACAAUGGGAGGAGGCGUUUGCACACUUGAGGGAGGCGAUGGACCACCCGCUACCUAGGGAGAACAAACAACCACACGCCUAUCAUGGUGUGCCACUCGAGGACCUACCCAAUGAUCUUGACUGGGACUUGAUCCAUCGAAUCGCAGGCAUGGAGCUCGUGGAUGACCAGGUUUUACGACAACAGGAAGCCGAGUCGCAUAUUCACGACGUGGUACAAACAGCUUGGAAUGACUUACGUUUCGAUUCCCGGCUCCCAGGAGCACAAUCCCUGGAAUGGCCGGAAAAUACAGGUCGAGAUCUGGUGCGGUAUCAUCUGCCGCCUCAGUCACUAUGGGCGCCGGACAUAUUACGGUUCACAGCUAUGCGACGACGACAUACCUGGAAGAAGUUGGCCAUGCAAGAGCUUUCAACUGGUGUUUUGAUUCACUCUCUGAUUAGUCGAAUUAAUCUCCCGCGAUACUUUCAGUCGGCCAGCUCAGGCCUCGAUAGAAUGUCACCACAGCUCCGAGAAAUCGCCUCUUUGAACGAGUCUCUGGCCAAGAAGGCACGCAGAGAGAUUUUAGACACCAUAGAGAAACUUCACUCAAUAGAUGUGAAUAGCUCAGCCGACGAAAUUGUCAGAGCCAAGGUACACGUGAACCAGCCUGGAAUUCCAAGCUAUUUUCAAGACUCUGAUGGCGACUUCUACGAGAUCUGCCAGCAGAUGAACAGGGGUAUCAAGCAACUUCUUGAUCAGGUAUCCAAAGGCAAUGACCGAAAGGAGGCUCUUACGAUCGCGAAGAUAUGUGACAAUCUUCUCGUAUCUACCGCGUCCCCAGACCUUCAAACUUUCAAUCUCCUCAUUUCCGGUUUCAAGCGUUUGAACCGCCCAAACCUGGUUGACGAUGUCAUCGCCGCCUUGUACGUGCACAAAAUCCGCCCAAACGAGAUAACCUGCCGCGAGAUCCUCGGGCACUACAUUGCAGAGUUCCGUGCUGACGACUUCUCCCGUUUUGUGGCCAAAAUGAGAGGAGUGGGCGAUGCGCUCAUGCUUGCCGAUCCAAAUAUCAAUAUCAAUGAGGCUGGUCAGGCCCGGCUCGUAAAGAUCAGUCCAGACAAAAUCUACCAAAAAGUCCACCCAACCCCAAUGGUGUUCGGUGCACUUAUAGGUGGUGUGAUGAAGUUCGCUGGCUUCGACCGGGCUCUCGACAUUUACUAUGAGAUGAAAGCAGAUGGCUGGGGGCUUGAUGUGCAAGGCCUCACCAGGCUACUUGGAGACUGUAUCCGGCGCGCUGACUGGGAAGGCGGCAUCUACACCUGGGAAGAAAUCGACAACAUCAAAACGAAGGCCAAGCCAAGGGAUAUGGCCAAGGCGUACUAUCAUAUGUUGAGUUUGUGUUCCGUAACUGGCAAUACUGUGGCUUUCAACCAAGUGUUGAACGAAGUCGCGAGGGGAGGAUUCGAUCGAAUAAGUAUUCUCGACGCUGCUACAAAGACGACACGCUGGGCGCAGAAGAAGAGGGAGUAUUUAGCACCGGCCUGGGCGGCGGACAACGUACUCAUCGCAGUGUCGGACUAUAUCCAGGAUGCGAGGUCGCCGAAGUCUGGGGCUGAGAUGGAGGGAGCCGCUAGUGAUGAUGAAAUGUUUUUGCAACAAACUCCUCUAUCUACAAAUACCUCUGAAGCAGAAACGAUUGAGCAAACCGCUGUUGAUCCCAAAGAGGCGUGGGCGUCUUGGGUCGAGCACGAAUUCGGAGAGAGGCCGAAGGAUCCAGAGUCUUGA